AUGGAAGUCCACAUCCAACCACAAGAGAUUUCCGAGACUGUACUAGACCAAGCGGUUCCUUUAUCCACACCCAAGUCAUGUGUGACAGUGACACCUGUGCCGGCGGCCCUGAUCGACAGUACAUUCUCGUCCUCUACGAUCCUGACGACCACGGUGCUCGGUGCCCAAGUCCUUUCUUUCUCUGAUGAGUACUUCGCCUCCGCUACGAAUGUGCUCACGCCCGGCCCUCCGAUCCGCAAGCCAGGGUACUUCAUACACACCGGCGCAUGGUAUGAUGGAUGGGAGACAAGAAGACAUAAUCCGAAAGAGUUCGAUUGGGUAGUGAUCAAGCUUGGGUGCGUGGGGACGAUAGAUGCUGUAGAAGUGGACACCGCGCAUUUCAAUGGCAAUGAGGCUCCAUUCGCUGGGUUGGACGGGUGUUUUCUCACCCCGGAACAAGAGGAGGGCAGUGGAGUGGAAAAGGAGGAAUUUCAAGGCUGGGUGGAAGUACUGCCACCCUCCAAGUGCGGACCCAGCCAACGUCAAGCCUGGAGGGUUUCCGGGCCAGGAGUCACAGGGAAAGAGUUCACGCACCUCAGGUUAAAGCAGUAUCCCGAUGGAGGGAUUGCGCGGUUGAGGGUAUAUGGCCAGGUCGUUCCUCCGCCCCUCCCUGCGAGUGCAGCAGCGGGAGAGAGGCCCGUCGAAGACCUUGCCAGUGCUCUCAACGGUGGUGUGGCCAUUGAAUGCUCCGAUCAGCAUUUCGGCGGCAAGUCAUACCUGCUUCUGCCGGGGCGGGGAAAGGAUAUGGGCGACGGCUGGGAGACUGCACGCAGCAGGACCAAAGGUCACACGGACUGGGUUAUUGUCAGGUUGGGAUUGAAAGGAAGGAGUAUCGAGAAGGUCGUUGUCGACACAAAGGAUUUUCGAGGGAACUUCCCCAGGGCGGUCAAGGUGGAAGCCUGGUCAACUGAGGUUGCGAAAGCGGCAUUGGGAACGGAAGCUGAUCCCAAGGCCCAGGAUGUUGGUUGGGUGCCGCUGAUUCAGGGUGAACAGCCUUGUCAAGCUGACACAGAGCAUGUUUUUGAGACAGGAGAAUUGGUAGUGUCUAAGGCUCCUGAGGGAAAGGUCUGGACGCACGCGAAGAUGACGAUCAUCCCGGACGGUGGUGUGAAGAGGUUAAGGAUAUUUGGAAAGAGAGCGUAA